AUGACCCGUAACUUAUAUACUCACACGGUGGCGGGACCUGGAAGACAACUUUUUGUGACCGGCAAGCCAGAAUAUAUGGGGCAAGUCCUAGCUUCUCUGGCGGUGAGCCUGGGUCCCCUUGCAUCCGGUUUGGGAAAAGGAUAUAGUUCUCCUGCCAUAGCAUCACUACAGCAACGUGACGCCGAUGCCUUUCCUGUGAGUGGUCAACAAGCGUCAUGGCUUGCAUCCCUCUCUUUACUUGGAGCAUUAUUUGGUGCUCCAGUUGGAGGUAUAGCACUGCGAUGGGGACGACGUCGAACCCUAGUUCUUGCUGGGGCACCAUUAUCCAUCUGCUGGAUCAUAACCGUGUUUGCAGUAAGUGUUGAAGUAAUGUGUUUCGCCGCUUUCUUUAGCGGCUUUUUAGUGGCAAUUGUCCAACUCUCUGCUCAAGUUUAUGUAAGUGAAAUUGCAGCUCCCUCCAUACGAGGCGGCCUAAGUGCACUAUUAAAAGUAGCGGCCCACACGGGCGUACUCGUAGCUUUCGCCGCUGGAGCCUUUUUAGACUGGCGGCAACUAGCGGGUCUUAUAGCCUUGGCACCAGUGACAAUGUGCAUAGUUUUGUGGAGAGUACCAGAAAGCCCCGGCUGGUUAGUGCUCAGGGGACAAGAUGUUGAAGCCGAAAAAGCACUUCGCUGGCUUCGAGGAGACACAGCCGAUUUACAGCUGGAGCUGGCUGUUCUUCAAGCUCACGUAAUUACUCGACCCGUUCCGACAAAUCCAAAACUGCUAAUUGAAACCUUACGAACUCCGGCACUGAUUGCCUGCGGGUUAAUGUUCUUUCAACGAUUUUCCGGAGCUAAUGCCUUUAACUUUUACAUGGUAAGUGUCUUUAAAGAAACUUUCGGCGGAACUAAUCCACACAGUGCAGCAGUGGCUGUAGCCGUAGUGCAGCUUUUGUCGUCUUUGCUAUCUGGAUUACUAGUAGAUUCUGCCGGAAGGUUACCUCUAUUAGUGGCUUCCAGUGUACUUAUGACGCUGGCUUUAGCAUCCUUCGGAUCCUUUGCAUAUUACGAAGCUGCGAAUCCUAAAAUGAUUCCAAAUUUAGAUUGGAUUCCACUUCUGUGUGUUUUAGUGUUCACUGUAGCUUUCUCUCUUGGAAUAAGCCCUAUUUCUUGGUUACUUGUCAGCGAACUAUUUUCCCUAGAACAUCGCGGUUUGGGUACGGCAUUAGCCACUUGUUUUAGCUAUUUGUGUGCUUUCGUUGGAGUCAAAACAUUUGUAGAUUUUAAAGAGUUGCUGGGCUUACACGGGGCUUUCUGGUUAUACGCAUAUAUUUCAGUAGGCGGGCUCUGUUUUAUUGUUUGCUGUGUGCCAGAAACAAAAGGUCGCGAUUUGACCGAGAUUGAUGCAGCCAGGUGA